CUUGGGGGGAACCUCAAGUUCCUUCCCCUCUAAAAUAUUUUAACGGUUGAUCUUGAUAAGGGCACUUUAGGAACAUCAUUUGGUGUAAAUAAGGACAGUUUAGGAAUUGACUGUUUCAGUAAAUAAUAUCUCGUUGCAUCGAUCUGACCUCUCUCUUCUGCCCGCACUCUUCUUCAUCUCAGAAACCUGUAACAAAUCUCAUCUCAGAUCUCGUCCUUCUCGCUCGAGUGCUCCCCCAAGCACCGUAACAAGUCUCAAUCGCAUCUCAGAUCUCGUCCUUCUCACUCGAGUGCUCCUGUUGGCGAUUGUCUCCUCCGUCACCUCCCUUCCACGAUCAUCCUCCUUGUGAAGCCGACACGGCAACCGUUUCCUGCCUAGCGGGCGGCGAGACGUGCGUGGUGUGCAGCAGGGGAGGCCUAUCGGCUCUGCGGAGGACUCGGCGGCGCAGGCACUGCGCCGGCUCGUGGCGGGCUGCGCAACCUCCGGCGGCGUGGUCGUGGCUGUGGUGGACGCCAACGCCGCAAUCGCGAGAGGCGUCACGCUCUUCACCACUACGAGGAGGCUGGUGACGGUGCCGGAGGCGCUCAAGGAGGUGCGCGACCCGGCUGCGAGGCAUCGGUUUGCGCUGCUCCUGACCCCGUCGAGACCGUGGAGCCUGCACCAAAGAUCGUCAAGAAAGAAAAACAUGGGUGAUUUAAGUGCAGAGGCUCUUUUAGAAUAUGAGCAGAUUGUCAGUAAUACAUUUAUUAGUGCGGACGAAGGUUUUGACUUCUACAACAACUAUGCCCUUAAAAAAGGGUUUAGUGUAAGGAAAUGCUACAUGGAAAGGGACAAAGGCAGCAAGGAAAUAUGCUUAAGAAAGUUUGUUUGUAGUCGGCAAGGUUUCCGUGAAGCUAAGCACAUGAAGAAAGAAAGUAAGAAGAGGAAGCCACGGAACAUUAGUCGUUGCGGGUGUCGAGCCAAAAUGGUAAUUAGACUCUCCAAGGGAACAUGGCAAUGGUAUGUGAAGGAUUUCAUUGAUGAACACAACCAUCCUUUGGCCACACCAGAUGUAUCUUGUCUCCUGCGUUCGCAUAGAGGCAUCAGUGAUGUGCAGAAGGCCGACAUCAUCGAGAUGGAAAUUGCAGGAAUCCGUAAACACCAAAUCAUGAAUAUUUUGGAAAUGCAGUGUGGCGGAUAUGAUAACGUUGGAUGCAUAUCAAGGGACAUAUAUAAUUUCUGCUAUCAUUAUAAGCAGAAAACAAUUGUUGCAGGCGAUGCUGAAACUGUGAUCUCUCACCUGAAGGCGCGGCAAGAGAGAGAUGCUGAUUUUUUCUUCAGAUACUUGAGUGAUGACAAGGGCCAUCUAAAGGGCUUGUUCUGGUCCGAUAGUCAAUCCCGGCUUGACUAUGAAGAAUUUGGUGAUGUUGUUGUUUUUGACAGCACAUACAGGACCAAUCGAUACAAUUUGCCAUUUGUGCCGUUUGUUGGGUUAAAUCACCACCGAAGCACGAUUAUAUUUGGUUGUGGCAUUAUUUCCCAUGAAACAAGUGAGUCAUAUCAGUGGCUGCUGCACACAUUUUUGGCUGCCAUGUCCCAGAAGCAUCCAAUUUCUGUGAUCACUGACGGCGACCUUGCAAUGCAGAGAGCUAUCAAAAUCAUGUUGCCAAAUUCUAACCAUAGGCUAUGCACAUGGCAUAUUGAGCAGAAUAUAGUACGCAAUUUGCACAAUUCUGAUAUUGUCAAGGAAUUUAGGAAAUUUCUAUAUGAUUGUUGCACCGUACAGGAGGUUGAGAGAAAAUGGGAUGACUUUAUAGAAAGGAAUCAAAUUUCGGACCAGAAGUCAUGGUUGCACCAGAUGUACCAGAUGAGGAACCUGUGGUGUGCUGCAUAUCAGGUGGGACGAUGCUUCUUGGGCUUGAGAAGCAACCAACGCAGUGAGAGCCUGAACUCAAAAUUGCAUACGCAUCUUGAUGGUAAAAUAACACUGUUUGAUAUGCUGCAGCAUUAUGAGCAUUGCUUAUCCAACCUGCGUCGUAAUGAGGCCAAGCUAGAUAGUAUAGCAUCACAAUCAGUUCCGUUCACAGGACUGGAUGCUGCAAAUAUUGAGAAAGACGCUGCACAUGUGUUUACACCUACAAUCUUUGCCUUGGUGAAAGAGAUGAUUGAUUGUGUAAGUAAUUUUGUUAUCAGUGAAAUCCUAGAUGGAGGUGAUGGUACAACAUAUAUUGUUGCUACAAAGGGGAAAGAAGACAAUAAGUUCGACAUUGAUUGUGAGUUCAUCGACUCAUCAUUAGAGAGCAUUUCUUGCUCGUGUCGUAUGCUAGAAUGUGAAGGCAUACCAUGUGGCCACAUCUUUUAUGUCUUGGAGAAAAUAUUGCAUGCAGACAAAAUUCCCAAGUGUUGUGUGGCCAAUAGGUGGACCAUGAGCGCAAAGUCUGCAUUUCCUCCAAUCAGAAAAAGCAGUAUAUAUGAUUAUUCCCAAAGCCUGGAGAGAUACCGUGACUUGCGCAAUUUGAGUCAUGCAGCAUCUUUUAAAGCGUCCCAAUCUGAUGCAUCGUAUGUGCACAUGAAGCGUGUUUUGAAUGAAAUAGUAGGCAGUAAUGAUGCGUGUAAUCCUGAAAAGAAACACAUGAGGUAUGGCCCUGUAUUGACGCAAGCACACCAAGCUCACUCUCUUAAUUUGGACAAGGUUCUAGAUCCGGUGCAAGUUAAAUCUCGAGGUGCGCCGAAGAAGAAAAGAAUGAAGGCCUUCACUGAAAAACCCAAAAAAAACAAGUGUGGCCAUUGUAAAAAACAAGUGUGGCCUAUGCUACGAUCUUGA